AUGUGUGGUGUUUUAGGUAUAGUAUUAGCUGAUCAAAGCCGUAUGGUGGCACCAGAAUUAUGUGAUGGUUGUAUCUUUUUACAACACAGAGGUCAGGAUGCUGCAGGUAUUGCCACUUGUGGUAACCGUGGUAGAAUUUAUCAAUGCAAAGGCAAUGGUAUGGCAAGAGAUGUCUUUACUCAAAACAGGGUUGCUGGCUUAGCUGGAUCCAUGGGUAUUGCUCACCUACGUUAUCCAACAGCAGGGUCAUCUGCUAACUCUGAAGCCCAACCAUUCUAUGUCAAUAGUCCCUAUGGGAUCAAUUUAGCUCACAAUGGUAAUUUGGUUAACACUGCAUCUCUAAGUAGGUAUAUGGACGAAGAUGUCCAUAGACAUAUCAAUACUGAUAGUGACUCUGAGUUGCUGUUAAACAUCUUUGCGGCUGAGUUGGAAAAGCAUAAUAAAUAUAGAGUCAAUAACGAAGAUGUUUUCCUUGCUCUUGAAGGUGUGUACAGAUUAUGUCGUGGUGGUUAUGCUGUUGUUGGUAUGUUAGCUGGUUUUGCCAUGUUUGGUUUCAGAGAUCCAAAUGGUAUCAGACCGUUGCUGUUUGGUGAACGUGUCAACAAGGAUGGGUCUAAGGAUUAUAUGUUGGCUUCGGAGAGUGUUGUGUUAAAGGCUCAUAAUUUCAAUAAGUUCCGCGACUUGUUACCAGGUGAAGCUGUUAUUGUACCAAAGGAUUUGUCUAAGGGAGAACCAGAAUUUAGACAAGUGGUUCCUAUGAACAGUUAUAGACCAGAUUUGUUUGAAUACGUUUAUUUUGCGAGACCCGACAGUGUCUUGGACGGAAUCUCAGUUUAUCACACAAGAUUAGAGAUGGGUGUUAAGCUGGCUGAAAACAUUAGAAGUAAAGUGUCACCAGAUGAUAUUGAUGUGGUUAUGGCCGUGCCAGACACAGCUAGAACAUGUGCUAUGCAAUGUGCCACCACACUAGGGAAACCAUACCGUGAAGGUUUUGUUAAAAACAGAUACGUUGGUAGAACUUUCAUUAUGCCAAAUCAGGAACAACGUGUUUCUUCAGUGAGAAGGAAAUUAAAUGCGAUGGAAUCUGAAUUUAAGGGGAAGAAUGUAUUGAUUGUUGAUGACUCUAUUGUCAGAGGUACCACAUCUGUUGAGAUUGUUAAUAUGGCCAAGGAAUCUGGUGCCAAAAAAGUAUAUUUUGCAUCAGCAGCUCCAGCUAUUCGCUAUAAUCAUAUCUACGGUAUUGAUUUGACCGAUAACAAGAAUUUGAUUGCAUUUGAUAGAACAGAAGAUGAAAUAGCUGAGCUGUUAGGUUGUGAAAAGGUUAUAUACCAGACGUUAGAAGAUUUGAUCGCAUGUUGUAAGACUGAUAAGAUUGACAAAUUUGAGGUUGGUGUGUUUACAGGUAAUUAUGUUACAGGUGUUGAAGAUGGAUAUUUAAAUGAAUUGGCAAGAGUUCGUGCAGAGAAUGCAAAGGCUACCUGUGAUUUGAAAUCGGAGGUAGAUAUUGGGUUAUAUAACUCGGCAGAUUAUUAA